UACUUGCUACCGUCUUACAAAAUUGAAGCUUCAAACAUGGGUCGGUCCCUCAGAGACCGAAACAGAACCCAUAAACAAUGGCCAUGAUUCGUUAUCCAUAUAUUGUGGCCAUGGAAAACCAUUCAUUGUUUUUUUUUCCUCUAAUUUCACUUCGUUCUCGAUGAUACAGUUGGAGCUGUUGUAGUUGCAGUUACCGCUCUUAAUUUCUUGGCUCUUUUUGAUGGCUUCAACGGCGUCAAAGAUUACUCCGGGGGUGCUCUCUAUCUCUUCUCCUCUUCGCUGUCGGAGGUGGCUGCCCCUCAGUUGCCUAGUCUCUACUGGCAAGUGUUCCUCAGGCCCUUGCUUGGCUAGCUCUUCCCGGGUUUUGAGAACUUCCAAGACCGUUGUCUGCAAGGCGACUGAAGUUUCUGUGGCCCAAGAGUCUCAAGCUUCUGGAGACAGUGGUGGGAGCGGGAAGAAAUGGGUUCCGGUUGUCCCGCUGGCGGCACUGCCAAAGGGAGAGCGGCGUGUAAUCAUACAGGAUGGGGAGACGAUUCUUCUUCUCUGGUAUAAAGAUGAGAUCUUUGCAAUUGAGAAUCGAUCGCCAGCUGAAGGAGCUUACAGCGAAGGCUUGCUCAAUGCAAAGCUGACCCAGAUCAGCAGUUGUGUUUUCCAGGAUGGUUGCAUAGUUUGCCCAACAACAGACAGUACAUUUGAUCUUAGGACUGGAGCUAUCAAGGACUGGUAUCCUAAGAACCCUGUGCUGAGAGUCCUUACACCUGCUUUGAGGACACUCUUCAUUUAUCCUGUAAAAGUAGAUGCAGAGAACAUUUAUAUCAGCAUGGAGGGAGGGUCCGAAUCUGGUGGUUCGGCAGAGAUUGUAUUCAGUGGAAAAGCUCAACCAGGUCUUACUGCAUCAGAUGUCAAUGUAGAUGAGAUAAGAAUGGUGAUAGAUGAGGAUGUAGGGGGGUUCGGUUUUACAGGAAAGAAUGAGUUGAUAAAUGGGAAAGCAGCCAUAAUUGGCUUCCUGCUGUUGUUAGAUUUUGAGCUAUUGACUGGUAAAGGUCUUCUCAAGGGAACGGGUUUCUUGGAUUUCAUUUAUGCUGCAUCAAAUGCUUUCAAUUAAACAUCAAAUUCAGAAAUUCCAUUUGAGAAGAAAUCCCUGAUAUCCGAUGAAGUAAUAUAUCCUGAUAAAUGAAGAUCUUAUUGUUAUCACCCAACUAUGGUUUUUUAUGAAUUACAUUUGUCCCAGAUUUGGAUAACUUGGAUAUAUAUAUUUUUUUGAUGUUUUCAAUUAAAUGUAUUUUAUUGAGUUGUAUACCAAAUGGAAAAACAGGACUCAUAUGACUGACCUCA